AUGGCAAACCUUUAUUAUGAUUUAAACGAUUAUUUCUACGAAUCAAACGACUUUCCAAUCGAUGACUACAAACAAGUGAGGAAUUCGCGUAAUUUUACGGGAAAAGUAGUGUUGACUACCGGUUCUAGUUCUGGCAUAGGGGAGGGUAUUGUCAAACUAUUCUCUGUAUUGGGUGCCAGUGUUGUGGUCACCGGACUGAAUGCCACUGAAAUUACAAGAGUUGCCGAAGAAUGUCAAGAAUUGUCACCAAAUAAAUUGAAGCCAUUAGAAAUAGUGGCCGAUUUGACCAAAACUGAUGACGUAAACAGACUGUUGAAUGAGACAAUUAAAACAUUUGGCAAAUUGGAUGUAUUGGUGAACAAUGCGGGCGUAUUAAAGCUGUCACCCCUUAGAGAUCCCAAUUUUAUGCAUGUUUUCGAUCAGACCAUUAGUAUUAAUCUGAGGGCUUAUCUAGAGUUAAGUCAAUUGGCAGUCCCUUACUUGGAUAAAACCAAUGGCACUAUAAUAAGCACUUCCAGUAUUGCAUCAUCACUCCCG